AUGGAAAAAGACUUGGGGGGCUGCUUAGGAUAAGGUGUACCUUGUCUCUGGAGGCUUAUAAAUAAGGGCAACACCCAUGCAUUAAUAUUCAAACAAAACAUCAACUUGAUUUGUAAUAACACCACUUGAGAUCAACAAACAAUGGCAGCAACCGCAGUUCGUGUGUUUGGCAGACCAAUCACUCAAGGAACUCGUACCCAAAGGGCCCAAACAGCCAAGAACUACCAAAAUGCCGAUGGCAAGCUCGACCAGGUGUUGCAGGCUUCAAUCCACUCUCAGAAAGCGGCUGUGGGUGGGGCCAACGCAGCUACCGUUAGCACCACAUUUGGCAGGGUUUACAAUGCCACGGGUGACCCUGUAACUUAUGUGACUGCAUACGAUUGGCAGGGAAAUGUCGUUGGGCAGUACCCGGUGAACAUCCAAAAUGGGCAGUGGGCUAUUUUUGAGCAUGUUGGCACUCGUGGCACUAACCGCAAAGGAUCAGUCGCUGCUGUUGUGUUCAACAUUCAAGAUUGCAGUGAUUCAAUGAUUGCUUGGAACAACCCUUGGAAAACUUCCACUAGUGGAAACAACACUGCUUAUUGUGAGAUGAAUGAUUCUGGAUACUUUGAUGACCCUACUGUUUGGGAUGCAAUCUUGGAAAAGCUUAUGUCUUCUGGUACUGAAAGUCAAGCAAGUAUGGAAGGUUAUGCUACAAAAGUGAGUAUCGACGCAGGAGGCAACACUCCGUCUUACAGUGCCAUUUUCUAUCUCGACGUCUAGAUAGAUGUAAUAAUAAUAAUAAGGCAACGUGAUGGAAACCUGCAGCCGCUGAUCUAGUAUUCCAGUACUAUGUGUGGUUGUAGUAAUAUACAAUAAGCCAACUAUAGUAGGUGAUGAUUGGCUAAAGUUUCACAUGAAUAAAAAGUUGUCUUGGUUUGUACUUGAUCGACACUAGUGUAACCAUAACGUGUUUUAAAUACAAACAAAUAACAUUAACAAACA